CUAAAUUAAAAUUAUUAUUUUUCAAAAAUGUUAAAUUUUUGGUCAUUCAGUAAAGAAAUUUUUAAUCUUCUUUAUUGUUGUUAGCAAUUUUAUUCUAUCAUAAAUAUUUAAUAUUGGAGAAAAAUAUCUUAUCAUGAAAGACAAAGAAAAACCUCCUAUUUUCAAUAUUCAAUUGCGAAAAGUUGAAACUGUUGGACCUUGGUUACUAACUUUAUUGUCUGGCUCAACAGUUCAUGAGAAUAAUUCAAGUACCGAAGAUGAAAUAGAAUUUAAUAAUAUAACAAAUAUUGAAGAAAGUGAAGCUGAUACAAUUUACUUAAAAACUUUAGAUCCUAAAGAAUGGAAAGAUCAGGAUCAUUAUCGAGUAUUAGGAUUAACAGAAUUACGUUACAAAGCAACUGAAGGACAAAUUAAAACUGCAUAUAGGCGAAGAGUACUUAAUCAUCAUCCAGAUAAAAGAAAAAAACUUGGUGAAAAAGUUCAAGGUGAUGAUGACUAUUUUUCUUGUAUUACUAAAGCUUGGGAAACACUUGGCAAUAAAACAAAAAGACGUGCUUAUGAUUCAAUUGAUCCUAAGUUUGAAAAUAGUAUACCUUCUAAAGAGACAGCCAAAAAAUCUGAUUUUUUUGAAUUAUUUGGUCCAGUUUUUGCCCGUAAUAGUGUUUGGUCAGAACAUAAUUCAGUACCACAAUUAGGAGACAUAAAUAGUAGCCGUGAUUACGUUGAUAGAUUCUAUAAUUUUUGGUAUAAUUUUAACUCAUGGCGAGAAUUUUCUUAUCUUGAUGAAGAAGAUCGUGAACAAGCAACUGAUCGGGAAGAACGUAGGUGGAUUGAAAAACAGAAUCGUGCUAAUAGAGCUAAAUUGAAAAAAGAAGAGAGUACUCGUAUUAGGCAGUUAGUGGAUUUGGCAUAUGCUAAUGAUCCUAGAUUACUAAAAUUUAAAAAAGAAGACCAAGAAAAAAAAGCUGCAUUAAAACAAGCUAAAAAAGAUGCGAUUAGACUUAAACAAGAAGAAGAGAUCAGACAAAGAGAAGAAGAAGCUGCAAAGGUCCAAAAAGAAAAAGAAGAACGUGAAGCUGCCGAAAAAGCUCAUCGAAAUGCUAUAAAAGCUGAAAAAGAAAGCCAAAAAAAGGCAUUAAAAAAAGAGCGUAAACAUAUUAGAGAUUUAUGUAAUUCUAACAAUUAUUACAUACAAAAUGGAGACAAUGUGAUAGAAAUAAUGUCUGGUGUUGAAAAAAUUUGUGAUCAACUUUCUGUAGAGCAACUUAAGCAAUUAGCUGGUGCUCUUCAAAAAGAAGGUCGAAAGGCUUUAAUAGAAAAACUUAAACAAAUGGAAUGUAGAGUUGAAAUGAAUAAUGUUAUUAAAAAUGAAAUUAAAGUAGUUGAAAAAAAUAAUAAUGAUUGGGAAACCGAAGAUAUACAAUUAUUAAUCAAGGCUGUGAAUUUAUUUCCUGCUGGAACUAAUCAACGAUGGGAAGCAGUUGCAAAUUUUAUAAAUCAACAUAGCAAAAAUGGUGAAAGAAACGCUAAACAAGUUCUAGCAAAAGCCAAAUCAUUACAAAAUACCAACUUUACUAAUAAUGCUCUCAAAUCUGAAAUAAAUGCUAAUGCUUAUGAUCAGUUUGAAAAAGAAAAAAAAUGUGAAGUAAAUGUACCAGAAGUUGUUUCAGAGCGUCCCGUUGGAUGGUCAGCUGAAGAACAAAAACUUUUAGAACAAGCUCUUAAAACAUAUCCUGUAUCAGUUAAAGAUCGCUGGGAUAGGAUAGCUGAAUGUGUACCCACUAGGACAAAAAAAGAGUGUAUGAAGAGAUAUAAAGAAAUUGUUGAACUAGUUAAAGCCAAGAAAGCUGCUCAAGUAUAAUUCUGUUUGACUUAUCUGAACAAUUAAUAAAAUAUUAUUAAAAUAUUCUGGUUAUCGUAAUAUUUUUUUACAAAUAUGUUAUAUUUUCAAUUAACUGACAUUUGUUGUACACCAACAUCAAUUAGGAUUAUAAUUGUUCUUUAUAAAUAUUGUAAUGUAUCUGUAAUAAAACAAAAGUAUCAAAAACA